CGUGGACGUCACAGCACACACGGCUAUCAGCACACACGGGCAUCACACGUGGACGUCACAGCACACGGCUAUCACAGCACACACGGGCAUCACACGUGAACGUCAGCACACACGGCUAUCACACAGCACACACGGGCAUCACACGUGGACGUCACAGCACACACGGCUAUCACACAGCACACACGGGCAUCACUGUGGACGUCACAGCACACAGGGCUAUCACACAGCACACACGGGCAUCACUGUGGACGUCACAGCACACACGGCUAUCACAGCACACACGGGCAUCACACGUGGACGUCACAGCACACACGGCUAUCACACAGCACACAUGGGCAUCACUGUGGACGUCACAGCACACACGGCUAUCACACAGCACACACGGGCAUCACUGUGGACGUCACAGCACACACGGCUAUCACACAGCACACACGGCUAUCACACAGCACACACGGGCAUCACACAUGGACGUCACAGCACACACGGCCAUCACACGGCACACACGGGCAUCACACAUGGACGUCACAGCACACGGCUAUCACGGCACAUGGGCAUCACACAUGGACGUCACAGCACACACGGCUAUCACACAGCACACACGGGCAUCACUGUGGACGUCACAGCACACAGGGCUAUCACACAGCACACACGGGCAUCACACGUGGACGUCACAGCACACAGGGCUAUCACACAGCACACACGGGCAUCACUGUGGACGUCACAGCACACACGGCUAUCACAGCACACGGGCAUCACACGUGGACGUCACAGCACACACGGCUAUCACACAGCACACAUGGGCAUCACUGUGGACGUCACAGCACACACGGCUAUCACACAGCACACACGGGCAUCACUGUGGACGUCACAGCACACACGGCUAUCACACAGCACACACGGCUAUCACACAGCACACACGGGCAUCACACAUGGACGUCACAGCACACACGGCCAUCACACGGCACACACGGGCAUCACACAUGGACGUCACAGCACACGGCUAUCACGGCACACGGGCAUCACACAUGGACGUCACAGCACACAGGGCUAUCACACAGCACACGGGCAUCACACAUGGACGUCACAGCACACAGGGCUAUCACACAGCACACGGGCAUCACUGUGGACGUCACAGCACACACGGCUAUCACACAGCACACGGGCAUCACUGUGGACGUCACAGCACACACGGCUAUCACACAGCACACACGGGCAUCACACAUGGACGUCACAGCACACACGGCUAUCACACAGCACACACGGGCAUCACACAUGGACGUCACAGCACACACGGCUAUCACACAUCACACACGGGCAUCACUGUGGACGUCACAGCACACACGGCUAUCACACAGCACACACGGGCAUCACACAUGGACGUCACAGCACAGGGCUAUCACACAGCACACGGGUAUCACACAUGGACAUCACAGCAUGCACAUGACCUCACGGGGACAUACAGAUGUCACAGCACACACGGCACACAGGGACAUGAUCUCACGGACACGUUGUCAGUUGUGGGCACAUACGCGGCUAGACGCGGACAUACAUGUGGGCACACAUGUCAACCACGGUCUGGCAUGUGCUCACCCUUCAAGGCCCCUGGAGCUGGCUGUGUGGGCUCUGCUCAGGGGCAGGGCCUCCUCUGCUGUCACCAGUAGCUUUCCCCUGGUGCUGGCCCUGGUCCCAUGGAGUGCUUUGACCCCCUGUGUUCCCUCUUGAUUUGCCUUCUCACUCUGCAAGCCGCCUGUCCUGGGUCCAGUGCGCAGCAGGCCCCACACAGCCAGGCCCAGGUUAAGCUCAGACCAGCAGAUGUGUGCGUGUGUGUGUGUGUGUGUGUGUCUGUGUGUGUAUGUGAGAUUCUGGGAGUAGAGUUAUGUCCUGAAGGAAAGUGGAGCUGGGAGAGGGCAGGUGUGGGGAGCCCUAUAAAGGAGGGAGGAGAGUCUGGGCUGGGCCCAGGUAUGGGCUGGGAAGAUGCUCCCUUAGAGGGUUCAUGGAGAGGCUGGGGGGUGGUCCCUUUUCUGAAGACCCCUGGACACUGUGGCCCAGGUAGCUGUCUCCCCAGGAGGCCCCAUGGGGAUGUGAGGACCGGGGACUCCCCUUGACCAGCUGGCCCCGCGCUUCCCAAACAUUCAGACAGCCCGCCCCUGCUGACUACUGUCCUUGUCUCGCCAGCGUGUGGGGAACAGGGACAUACUGGGUGGUCUUGGUGAGGAUAACGCACCUCAACUAGUGGGAGAGGUUGGCUCACAAAUGUGCAUGGAACACAUGUUUGUCUCUUCCUUGACACAACUCUCAUGACCUUGCUGGUGCCCCAACCGGGACCCCAGGGCUGGCUGGAGCCUGAGGACCCUGGAGCCCUGAGGUGCCGGUCUCUUACACCUCUGCUCGUCUGAGGCCUGGGCAACUCUGCCCAUGUCAAGGCCAGGGCACGCGUGUGUGGAGGGGAGGCAGGAGGGGGCACAGGAAGCCCAGGUGUGGGCAGAGGCUGGGAGGGGCCAGGAGGUCGGGGCUCCUUGAGCUGCCUGGCAACCCUGUGCAGGGUCAGUGCCUGGGCUGUCUCCAGAGCAAGCUCAUGGGAUGGGGGCCACGUGUGUCCCUUGCUGCAGGGCGCCGUUGGACCCGCAGCCACAGGUCUGACACCUCACCUGGGGUGAACGAGGGACUAGGGGGCUUGGGAGGGCGUGGGCUGUGUCUGUGUGUGGCGGGGGUGUCUGUAGUUCCCCUGGUAAGAGCAGGUGGGAGUGUUGCCUUUGGAGUUCUGUGUCCUCUCUUCUGGGGUCAGGGUCCGUGGUCCCAGCCCCGAAGGCCCCAGGCUCUUCCCAUGGCCACUCUGAGGCCCAAGGGUGACACCUGCCUAGGCUGAGCAUGGAGUUUGGCCCAACCUGCCCUUCCCAUGGCUACAUGCUGAGUGGGGGCUGGAGUGCCUGGUCGGGGUGCCACAGGGGGCAGGGCUGUGGCCACCCCUUUCCUUGAGGACCCCACCUGCUGAGGCCCUCACCCAGGCCUGACCUGAGGAGUGUUGGUAGGGACUGUGGGGUGGGUCCUGGCAUCCUGGGGAGUGCAGGGUUGGGGGGCUUGCCAUGGGCAUUCUCCCCUGCACUGGCCCAGGUCAUCCUGUGGGCCCUCAGGUAGGUGCCCCUAGAGCCGCUAGGGUCAGUCCUGGGGUGCAGCUGCUUCCCUCUCUCUUGGCGCAGCCACCUCUGCCUGUGGUGCUCUCGUGGUGAUGCUCCCUUGGCCUCAGGAGCUGAGGAGAGUGGUUCCGUCCUCUAGGGACACAAGCCCCCUGAUGCAGCCUCCACCUCGUGGACAGGGACCCCCACCGCACUCUGGCCACCUACCUGGCACCUUUAACCACAGAGCACCUGCAGCCUGCACUCAGCCCCUUGCCUUUGUCCCUGAGCCCCAUCCCUGCCCUCCUUGUGCUCCAGGCAGGGCCAGUGCUAGUCACCAGCUGCUCAGGACCUCCCAGGGUCUGCAUGCCCCCGUCUGCCCUCCGCUGUGCACGCCUGUGUCUAGGUGGUUCUCAGUGUGGAAUCCACUCUUGUCGUGACUACAGGAAGGCUGAAGCCCCGGGUGGCGUGUGGCUCACGGUGUCGGCGCCACUCGGCGUAGGCGACGGGGGCGGCCGCUUCCUCUGCUCUGCGAGGCUCUGGUGCCCAUGACUUAUGUCUCCUUCUGGUUCUUUUCCUCCCUCCCUUCUGAAAAAUGCACUGUCUUAUGUACACACAGGAAAACGUGGUACACAUUUACACCCAAGAACCACCCCCAGGCCAUCUACACUAUGCAGUCCCCUGAGGCCCCCUUCCGCCACAGCUGCCCGGCGAUGACCCGGGUCCUGCUUCCUAGAGCACAGGCCUUCCCCAGCUCUGCUGAGGUGCCCGCCUCCUGUUGGUCGGGCUGGUGACUGGGUCUUGUCUGUUUUUGCACGACCCAGCAGCUCCUUCCCUGACGACAGUUCCAUCACACGGACCCAGGCUGAUUCACUUGUUCAUACUCUCGGUGAUGGGUUCUCUAGGUUUGUGGCCAGAAUAUCACAAACAAAGCUUCUGUGAGCACAUUUCUCUUGGGUUUGUUCCUUGGAGUGGAAUUUUUGCGUCCCAGAGCAGGACGUGGCUUCUCGCUUCGGCAGCCAUGUCCUCGCCAGCACUCCGUGUUGUGGUCUGUGUAGUUCUAGCCACUCCAGCAGGCGUCUCCUGGUCUUUUCAUCUUAACCUGCAGCUUCCUGAUAGCCAAGGAGGCCGAGCACCGUUUCCUGCCCUUGCUGGCCGCCGGCAGUGCCUGUGUUGUGAAACCCAGAGCCCUUCAUGGCUUUCCUUGUGUUUUCUGCUGUGGUCUUCUCCGUGUUGCCUACGAAGGUCUCACGUGAUCUGUGUCAGCCUUGCCAGGUCAAUAUGCACCGUGGGUAUUUUCUUAAUUUCAAACUGUUUGUUUUUAAGUAUUUCCCAGUAUCAGGCCACGGCUUGACUUUUCACUGUCUUGGCGUCUCUGCAAUGAGAACACGUUUUCAGUUCUGAAGAAGCCCAGCGUAUCACACUGAUUUUUAGGUGGAUGUCUUCUGUGUUCCGAGGAAUCUCGCUUACCCAGGGCCAUGCAGGCGCUCUGUGCUUUCUUCUGGAAGCUUUACCUCUGGGUCCAGGGUCUUCUGGGUUGCCACUCACACGUGACGUGAGGCUGGGGUUGUGGUCCUCCCUUUCCCGGGAUGGCAGGUCACCGCAGCACAUGUGGGCCCUCCUUCCCAUUGGCUUCUCUGUGGAAAGGCAGCUGGUCACAUGUGAGUGGGUCCGCCUGAACACUUCUGUUCUGUUGACCUGUUUCUCUUCCCUGUCUCCCGCACUACACUGUCCACACGGCAUUGAGCCUGGAGAUCUGGCAGGCGGUGUUCCCUGUCCCGUGCCACACCGUCCACACGGCAGUGAGCCUUGAGGUCUGGCAGGCCGUGUUCCUUCACCGUGCUCUUCUCCCGGGUCUUGGCUGUUUUAGGCCCCCCUGUGCCUUUCCAUUUCUGUUCUGCGGUCAGCUCUUCAGUGUUCAUUGUGUUGAGUCCUUAGCAUGAGUUCUGGGAAUGCUGACGUCCCAGUGAUAGUGAAUCUUCGCUCCGUUUAUUUUAACUUUCCUUGACAGCAUUCUGUCAUGAUCAGUAGAAGGAUUCCACAGAGUUCAUUCAGUUACGGUUCGGCAUUUGGCAUUUGCAACGCUAUUACAAAUGGGUUUCACCAUGUUGGCCAGGCUGGUCUUGAACUUCUGAUCUUAUGUGAUCUGCCCGCUUUGGCCUCCGAAAGUGCUGGGAUUACAGGCGUGAGCCACCAUGGCCUGUUCUUUAAAAAAGAAAGUUAAAUUCUUUUCUCUCUGCUUUUGUUUGGGUAGCGUCUGCUGACUUGGAGCCUGCCGUCAAGCUCGCGAUCCUUUUCGCUGCUCAUCUCAUCCAGGGAGUUCUGUCUCAGAGAGGAUGUUUAGUUCUGGGAUUCCUGUGUGGUUGUUUAUCCGCCAUCCUUCUGCUGUUUACCUCCACACUUGCUGUCAUUUGUGAGCACGUUCAGAGUCGUUAUUUAAGAGCCUUUGCUGGCUGGUUCCAGCCUCGCUCACCUGUGGGUUCGUCCACUUCUAGUGUCAUUUCUAAUGAGAAGCCACAUCUUCCUGGCGCCUCACCUGUGUCAUCAUAGUUCCUAGCAUAAGCCAGACGUUGUGUGGAAAAGAAUAGCAGAGACCAAAGCAAAGAAUCGUCUUGUCCGGAACAGCCGCUGCUCUCCCGUGUCAGGCGCGGGGGGCACGGGGCUGGGGCUCGAACUAGUUCUCGCCACUGGCAGCCCGACUCCCGGGGGCUUUCUGUAUAGCGCAGUGGGAGGCCACGUCUCUUCUGCCUUCUGCGCUGCGGGAGGUGCCUCUCCCUCCUCCUUUUCCUGCCCACUCAGGGGGAUCCCUGGUAAGGGGUUUGAUGGGCGGGGCUGUUCCCACUCCUGAGGAGCUCCCUGGGGACUCGGGCCAUCCUUCCCAUCCUCAGGAUCCUGCACCCACCUCUGCCCUGCCGAGCCCACCUCCCUGCAUCGGGUACCCUGGCUGUGGCUCCAGCCCUCGGAAUCCUGCUUCUACUCCGCCCUGCUGAGCCCUCCCUGGACUGGGUUUCUAUGUGGCCCUUUGAGGAGUUGCCACGUAUCUUCUGGAACCCUCCAUCUUUCUGCUGCUCACCUCCACACUUGUGUUACCUCUGGGCAUGUUUAGAGUUUUUGCUGGAACCACCAUGUUCUUCUAGAGCAGGUGUCUCUCUUUCUAGGAUGUGGUGUGUUGAGGUGGUCCUCAGCUCUUCUGACUGGCCUCCCAGCCACCCCCAGUCCUGUUCCCCUGGGCGUUUGGGCUGCGUCCGGCUGCCCUGUCUGCCUGGCAGUCUGGUCUCCUUGGCCCUCAGGUCACUACGGGCCCCUCGCACAUGCUGUUUCAGCUCUCCGGCUUCCUUCCUGUCCCCUCGUGUCUCUAGCAAGCUUGGCCUUCUCAGGGAGGCCUGCCCUGGCGGCCACCUUUGAAACUGCGUCCACUCCCCGUCCUGCCCCAGCACCCACCCUGCUUCCUUCCUUUGCAGCAGUCCCCUCCUACGUGAUACAGGGGAGAGUGCGUUCGAGGUCUGGGGUCCUGUGUCCUUACAGCCGUGUCUGCGCUUCUGAGUCUGUGCCCGCACUGUUGGCUCACAGUGGGUGUGACCCUGCAGACCCUUCCGUAGGGCAGAUCCAGCCCCAGCCAAGCUUGGUGGCCCUCUCUCCGAGGCUCCUGUGCUGGGACCCGCACCAGCGUUGGACUGCUGGGGUGGGGGCAGGCAGUGGGUGAGAAGGUCCCACAGCAGGGCUGGGGGAUGGGUAGGCAUGUCUGCCUGGGUGGCUUUCUCUGCUGCUCCACACAACCAGGACAGGACGUAACCCCAGCGGGAACACCCUAGUCUGGAGGGUUCCCUCCUGCCCCAUUUGCUGUCUCCACCAAGCUGUGGUUGAAAUUGAGGUGCCAGAGACGCUGAUGGGUAGACCCAAAAGCAGACCAUCAGAGGGGCCUGGGCACACAUGGCAUGUGUGGGCUGGGUGGAGACCUGCUGACCUGACGCGGAGUGGUUCAUGUUGCGUCCUGUGGACAGACUGCAGUGGGCGUGGCAUGACUGACACGUGGUAUGGGCCCAAGGGAGAGCUCACCCCUUUCCACCCCUGUGUACAGCCUCCGCCUUGCCAGCGGGCACAUUGGAAGCAGAUGUCUUGUGUGGAGCGGGCACCCAAGGUGUCAUCUUUGGCAGACAGACGGUCAAACUGAGGCACAGAGGCCACGCUGACCCUGGCUGUGGGUGAGCAAGGGUCUCAUGCUGCCUCUUGACAC